AUGGCCAAGCGCCUGGCUGUGAUGGGACUGGGCAUGGGCACAGCUGCAGAGAUCUUCACCAACAACCCCGUGUGUGUCCAGAAUAACUGUAUCAAUCCAGUCUUUCCCGGCUUAGAGGACCUACAUCGGCUAGCGAACUCCACGAAAUGGUACUGCACCAGUAUGGAGGAUACAGCACUGUCCAUCGAGUUCUGCAAGGGUGCUGUGAAUUAUGAUAUAGCUGUACCUGAGCCUCAAAACCAAGAUGAGAAAAGCGUUCAAGCGCUUGUGCGAAAGCAAGACCGUGCUGCCACGACAGCAUAUUUCACACACUUGAAUGGCCUUGGUAAGGAUGCAUGGGAAUACCCAAAUCCACAUGACUCAGAUGAUGAGUGCAUCAAGACCAUCUGGAAGAUGGUGUGCUACACAUACUUCCCAAGAGCAGAGGCAGGGUGUGGUCGAGGCCGUUUGAUGGAGUACAUCCGACCAUGCAAGAGCAGCUGCCAGAACUACAUCAAGGCGUGCUCUGUGGAGUGCUGUGAUGAGUCCGUGCAAUGUGUUUUCGACCACCAAAAGCAUAUGUCCAAGACGACCGUCUUGGCAACUUCAGGAUACGAGCCCCAUGACGGACCAUCCACCUUUUGCACUGGAAGCGCAUACCGUUCCAGUUCCCCUAGUUUGCUGGUCCUGAUCACCUCCUUCCUGGCCUUUGGAGGCGACUUCUUUGGCUUUGGAUUUGCGACUCGCCGGUUGCGCCAUUUCUUUCUGGCCGCCGCUUUCGUGGGCCUCUCACUGAUGCUGCAAGGCUGUGAUGGAGCCAUGGUCCAUUCACUGGGGAACUGGAGGCAGGCGGAUGACUAUCUGGUGCGGUUCCAGUUCGUCCCUCCGGGUGCCUCUUCCAAAGAGGCUGUGUUGAACUCCUGUUCGCUGCCAGGCUUGUCGCCAACCCUUCAGUGUAGUGGACAUGGUGGUUGCCAUGCAUGGGAGAAGACAUCUGAUGUGAAUCCAACCCCAUUCUGCAAAUGUGAUGCGGACUGGGCUGAUCCGGAAUGUCGAACGCGUCGAAAGUCCCAAGUGGUGGCCUACUUUCUGGCGACCUUCCUGGGAGUUGUGGGUGCAGACCGUUUCUACCUAGGCCUCGUGUUGUCUGGUUGGUUAAAGCUGGCUUUGCUGGGCAGCUUGACGGUCUUUUGGAUCACAGAGGUUCUCAUCACCGGAUCUUCCCCGGUGAAUCUCAGCAAAGACCUUCGAAGCUGGAGCGGCUUAGUGAAAGUCCUGACCUUCUUCGCGCUUGGCAGCUGGUAUUUCAUUGACAUCAUUCGAACGGGCUCUGGUGCUGUGGAGACUGCUGGUUUCCGAACAGCACCUGACCUUCCAAGAGAGGUAUUUGUCGCCUGCACGGUUUUCCUUGCUAUGAUUGCGGGAUUCCUGUUUGCGGCAUGGAGUGUCUCCAAUGAUGCAGCGGCCAAACGCCGAAGCAUUGCUUUGAUGCAAAGUGCGUAUUUGCAAGAAAAGGCAGCCUUGGAUGCGACUGUGAUGACGCAAGGCAGGCUUCGGAAUCAGUUCUCAGUCGCAAGCUGUGUACGGGUCCUUCUGAGCCGAACUUCGAUCCGUGGCAAAAAGCGUGUGGCGUGUUGCGAUCUGCCCACAGAUGCGGCGGCUUGCAACAGAACUGCAGACACAUUUGAGAUUGUCUUCGACAGCAAGGCCGUGAAGCACACGGUCAAGCUGUUGGAUGCCUAUGGCUUGCGAAAGGAACACCUUAUUGAACACCUUACAGAGCUGAGGAUAGCAGGCUACAGAGUGAUGCUUUGCUGGAAGCCAAAGGACUACCUGGGAGCCACUUCAGGUGACAUCACAAGACAAUUCCGAAAUGCAGAUCCUGACUUGCAUCCCUUUGAACGUGCCCGAGAGUAUCAGCGUGCCCUCAAGGCCGUGAAGAUGGAGAAAAUCUUUGCAAAGCCUCUGGUCAAGGCACUGGAGGGUCACACUGACUCCAUCAAGUGUAUGGCCAUUGCGAGAACAACAGCUGCACCUUUGUUGUCAGGAAGUUGCAACGGUGAGUUGCGACUAUGGAACAUGCAGCAUCUUUGCUAUGGAAGUGGAGUGGAGAAAGCCCAUGAGGGCUUUGUACGUGGAGUGACCGUCAGCCCUGAUGGCACAAGAGCUUUCUCCUGUGGCGACGACAAGGCUGCCAAAAUGUGGCGCAUUCAACCAAAAGCUUGUCAGAUCUCUGAAGAGCCACAGGCGUCCUAUCAUAUGGCCUACAUUCCUGGAGCAAUUGAUCACCAUUGGCACAAGCCGAUGUUUGUGACAGUUGGUGACACCGUGGAUGUGUGGGAUUACAACCGAUCAGCACCUCUAAGCUCCUUUGAAUGGGGCUGUGAGCGCGUGAUCACUUCCCGCUUCAAUCCUGCAGAGACAGCACUGCUGGCAUCCACUGCAGUUGACAGAUCAGUUGGUCUAUAUGAUUUGCGCGGAAAUGCUCCUAUCCGAAAGGUCAUCCUGAAGCUGCGGUCAAAUGGAAUCUGCUGGAAUCCCAUGCGGCCAAUGAAUUUCACCGUGGCCAAUGAGGACUGCAGCUUGUAUACCUUUGACAUGCGAAAAUUGUCGGCUGCCACCUACAGACAUUGGGAUCACGUCAUGGCGGUUCUGGAUGUGGACUAUGCACCAAAUGGUCAAGAGUUCGUGUCUGCCAGCUAUGACAACACAAUCCGAUUGUGGGAUGUUGGCCAUCAGCGCUCAAAAGAGGUGUACCAUGGCAAGCGUAUGCAGCGAGUGCUAUGCUGCCACUACACACCGGAUGGAAGAUUUGUUCUCUCUGGCUCGGAAGACACAAACAUUCGUGUUUGGAAGGCGAAAGCUGACCAAAAGCUGGGUGUGGCAACGCCGCGGGAGACCAGGGCAGCAGCGCUUCUGACCUGUUUCUUUCAUCACUUCGUGUUAUUUUUGGCUUCACCACAGCCCCCACAGCCCCCACAGCCCCUGCAACAGGCUUAUCGAGAAGCUCUGAAGAAAAAGUUUCAGCGGAUGCCAGAAAUCGCGCGGAUCCAGCGAUAUCGGCAGCUCAACUGA